AUGUGGAAGGCGAUUAUACAGAAGAGAAGGAAGUUCUCAGAUGAGUUACCUUGUGAGGAAUCAUACGCCGCCCUGGCGGCGAUGCAGGGAGGUACCGCGGCGACGCUGCCGCCAUCUCUUGAUGCGCUACGUGCAUUAUCACUCAAUUUUUAUUGUGAGAAAAACGUGAUUCACUCUAUUGUGUUUAUGAAGCGGGCGUAUCAAACGCACAGUCUCUGGCCUCUGAAUAAGGUUAAUCUGCACGACAAUUUUGCUGAAUUUACUAAGCGUCGUGACCCGCACCACGGUUUUUGGAUCUCAAAAGAUUUCGUGUUAUCGACUAAAAAAGGUCCACUUGAAUCACAGCACGUUCUUGUUAAAAUUUUCCAUUAA